AUGGUGGAUGGUGCCGACCGCGACAAGGCCCUGGAGAUUGUCACAAGACAUCCGGGGAUCCUUGCUGCUGGGCCAGACGUGAAAGACAACAUGGUCCAGGCCGAUGUGGCCUCAAAUGCCAUCAAUGCCGCGCCCCGGAAAGGUGGAGGUGGCCACACGGUGCCCAUAGCCGGGGAAGUGAUCAGCAGACGGCCCAAGGGGGCCGCAUCACGUGCCCACUACAAGGCGACUCACAAAGAUGAGGCAGAGGAUGUCAGCCGGGACCUGCAAAAGAUUGUCAGGCUUGAUGGCCCUGCAAAGAUCAAUUGGCUAUGCAAGGCGCUUCCGCUACUCAGACGGCGGGCGAUGACAGCGGCUCAAUUCCUUGACAUCGUCUGCAACCAGAGGUUUGCUGCAAACGUAGACGACGUCAUGCCAUGGGGCACGCAGAUGAUCAGCAUGCUGCGGCGCGAGCUCGAUGACUUGCAGCCACAGCAGGUACAUCACCUUCAACAGAGUGACCUGUGGCGGCGGUUUGCUGAUUCCGAUGAUGAGCGCGCUGUGGUGGCUGCCACGACAUCUUCAGCGCCUGGACGUGCAGCUGCAUUCCGUGCAGCUGUGGCCGCUGAUAAAGACAAGUCCAGCUCGGCCUUUACCAUGGGAUGCGGGGCCAGCGCACGCGUGUCAGCCCACGUUGGACAUCGUCUCAGCUUCAGACAUCCAAGCGAUGAGAAGCGACCACAGGCUCGGAAGAACCCGGAGUCCUACAGAACCCGCAUUGUCACAAUGCUCACGACAGAAGACGGUGAUCUUGAAGUGCAGCUGUCCUCCAAGUCACAGCCAGAGAGGGCGGAGAAGAAGAAGGUGACAUUCCAAUUCCUGGAAGACGCUGAUGAGGAUGUCGAUUUUGCAGAAGAGAUUCCAAGAAAGAGGGUGACCUUCGCACUAGUGGUCGACACACACUUCUUCAAGGACGAGGACACGAUUCCUGCCCGGCCCAUGCAGGUUUCCGUGGCCUGGGAGGAGCCGCGCCUGCUUGGGAGAGCUGAGGUGCCACGUGUCCCAAACCAGCCAGAGUCAGAUGACCUGGAGGAAAUGCAUCCCUUCUACCAAGGCUUACGUGAGCUUCCAGUAAUGUGCACAGAGUGCACGGAUCUUUGA